AUGGACGAUGGACCAACGACCCCCGCUGGUCUGGGCCAGCAGAAACGACCCCGCGUUGCGGAGGAGAACCGCAAGCGUGCCGUUCGAGCGUGCGAUGGGUGUCGUCGCGUGAAGGAGAAAUGUGAGGGUGGCGUGCCCUGUCGUCGAUGUCUGCGUUAUCGUCGGCAAUGCAUCUUCACUCACCCCGACCAUGCGGAGAAGAUCGCACGGUCUUCCUCAAUAUCUCUUCUAGAACGAACUGCAGGCCUUAGUCGAAAUCAGCUGGCCGACUCGGAACGGGUUCGGUACAUGGAGCAGAUCCUGCAGCAUUAUAUCCCAAAUAUCUCCUUCGACCUCCAGUCUCUUCGGAAAACUGCGGAAGAAUUGAAACAUAGACAUCGAGGGCCGGACUCGGAUGCAGGUCCUUCGGUUCGCCUGGAGGAGGAAGAUCUCGAGGACCUAGCCAUUGACGAUGAAGAUUUUACCAUCAAGGCGUUGCCGGAUAAUACAACCCAAUAUUCCGGGGAAUUUUCCUAUUUGAAUUUUUCCAUGAAAAUUCGACAAAAGAUCGAUGAAUGGAUGAAAGCAGCAGCUCCAGAGGCAUCGACCGAAACAGAGCCGUUUGAGGAGCGAUGGCGAGCAACACAGCUACAGUCUGGGUCGUCGUUGGUAUCAGCAUCGAUCACCUGUCUUCCACCACGCUUCGUGGCGGAUUUCCUGGUCCAGAUAUUUUUCAAAUACGCACAGACUAAUAACUUCUACGUUGAAGAAGACUGGCUGCGAGACAAACUAAACAUAUGCUAUACGAACCCGUCGACUCUUUCGUCGAACGAUGCUGGAUCCGUGUGCUCUAUUUUGAUGGUUCUGGCUGUCGGCACGCAGUUUGCCCACAUGGAAUCAGCCACCCCUGUCAAUCGUCUGGCGUCGGACCUGUCGCUCACAGAGGACCAUCAUUUUUCGGAAGACGAAGUGGGUUUGACGUUCUAUCAAUUCGCGUCGAAAUUGCUUCCAGACAUUAUCGCUACUGCUUCGGUGCGGAGCGUUCAGGCUUGCUUGCUGAUUGGGACGUAUUUAUUGCCUCUUGACACCUCGGGUCUUUGCUAUACGUAUUUCGGUCUGGCUCUCAAAAUGGCCAUCCAAAAUGGCAUGCAUCGGAAGUAUCUCGGUGAGGGCGUUUCUCCCCGAAUGAUUGAGGUGCGCAACCGAGUUUUCUGGACAGCCUACACGAUUGAAAAACGGGUUAGUAUUCUCCAUGGGAGGCCUGUGUCCUUGUCGGAUGCCGACGUAGAUGCUGCGAUGCCUGUCGAUUUUCCCGGCUUGAAGCCGGCCGGACAGGUCUCGAACCAUACCAAUAUGAUAACACUAAUCACGUUGACUCUCAAACUGGGAGAAGUUGCUAAUGAAAUAUCUCUCCUACGAAAGUCUCGGAAAGGUCAGCAACAAGACUGUCUCGAGAGAAUGCUUACUCUGCGAAAGAACCUUGUAGAUUGGUGGUCUACAUUGCCUGAAGAGACCAAUUGCCGAGAUCUGAACCCGGCAGGGCCCCUGUUUCGCUCCAAUUUGCAUCUGAAGUUAGAUUACUGUUUGACAAGGAUUUUUCUUGGACGGCCGUUCCUGUUCAGCAGCAUGAAGGGUGUCAAUCUAACCACCUUGCUUGGUCCGGGCUAUAAGUUGCCGUCCGGCCUCUCCAAGAACCGUUCAAUUCUGGUUACUGAUUGUGUCGAGGCUGCAUUGGAGAUUAUCGAUCUCUGCCGGCUGCUCCGCGACGAGACCGGUCUCGCUCGCGCCUCUUUCACCGAAUUCAGCUCAUGCCGUGCGGCUCUACUAGUCAUCCUGGCGCAAAGCUUGACCAAACGGACAGAACGACUCCGCGAGGCACUUGAGAAGGGUAUGGCGUUGAUCAAGAUCAUGUCAAUGGGGGUCGGGUCCGCUCGAUCGGCCGUCAGCGUUAUCGAGGCUCUGGAAAGAGCCAUCCGUCGCUUGGAAGAGUGGAGUGAAAACCAUGCGCCAGGCGGUUCCGGGGCCGCCGAAUCCGCAUAUGACCGCUUCAAGAACUGGGAGAUGUUGUGGAAGACGGGGCCUAUCUCGCCAGAAACCGUACAAUUGCACGAGCCAUAUUCGACAGGGCCAAGCGGAUUACCGCAUGUUCCCGUUACACCGUUGACAAACACCUCCAAUAAUAACGACCCUAUGGACAGCGAGAUGGCGAGUACCGACAUCACGGGCUCUUCGGACUUUUCCGCCUCUCAUACCACUUUGUCCCACAUGCCGCAUUUUGGGUUCGACCAUUUUGUCUCCAACCUCCCGCAGGAGUUGGGGGAGUUCAAUGCUAUUCCCUGCUUUGAGGCUGAUGCUCAGCAGUGUCUCGCUGGCGAUAUUAAAAAUCCCGAUACGAGAUGGAUGCAAUUCAUGAAUGAUUGA